AUGAUCGCUUGCACCAGGCUGGGCCGUCCUUUGGCCGGAGCGUACUGGUUGUUGCCAGCAACGUCCAGAGCGUUCUUGGCGGCCUCGAUCGCAAAGUCGGGAGGAGAGUACGAAAAGAACCCUUGGCCAAGGUUAGCGUUCUUGCGGCCAGAUUCCUGCUCGGCAGCAGCUGCCGUUUCGUUGAUCAAAGACCAAAUGUCCUUGCCGCCAACUUGGAAAUAUGGAUUGUGGGAUGGAAGAGACAUGGACCGUGAAAUACACAAGGAUGAGUAA